ACUAAUCAAUCACAUUCAAUCUCGCUUGACGAGCAAAUUAACAGCUUCGUUUGGUUUGACGCAACCAAUGGUUCGGCGCGUUGAAAAUCAGGCUUAAGAAAUUUGAUAUUCCCUAGCGGUUUAGCACCUUACGGUUUGUCCGACUGCUUUCGAUCGUCGGCGUUUGAAAUUCAAAACUCAACGUAACGCCAAACGGCUCUCCGCGUGCUUUGAUGGUGAAGUGACGAGCGUUUGUUCGCUGAUUCCGUUAAUUUUGACGUGAUAUCCUCCGCAUUCGCGACGAAAAGGAUUUGCCCUCAAGCCGAGCGAGCUCCAUUAUCAAAUAACGAUUAAGAUAACGGAACGCCAAGAUUUUCGAGACUGCAGCAAUAAAAACGGCGGCGAAGACGGCAUUAAUGGCAACGAUAGCGACGACAAUGCCGUGAUUCUACUAACAAUGGUUUUUAACAAGAAGGAUUUAGGCAAGGCGGUCUCGCCUAACAAAAUCAAAAAAGUGGGGCUCAAAAGACGGCUGUCAGCCAGCGGAUCGGUCAAGCCAAGUACGAGCGGUUCUACGAUGAUAAAGGCCGAGGAUAUCUCUGAAAUAUCCAUUAAGGUGAUUGUGAGAGUUCGGCCACAUAAUGAACGUGAGCUACAGGAUAACAGCAGGACUGUCAUUGAGAUUGUAGAUGACAAAAUGUUGAUCUUUGAUCCAAAAGAACAAGCGACGCCUUUCUUUUUUCAUAAUGUAGCACAGAAGGGUAGAGACAUGUUAAAGAAGCAGAACAAACAGUUGCAGUUCAUCUUUGACAGAAUCUUUGACUCAACAUCCACCAAUAUCGAUGUAUUCGAGGGUAGUACCAAGAGCUUGAUCAACAGUCUCCUGGAUGGCUAUAAUUGCUCUGUGUUUGCUUAUGGUGCGACUGGUGCUGGUAAAACGCAUACCAUGCUGGGCAAUAGAGAAGAUCCUGGCAUUACAUAUCGUACUGUAGCAGAGCUUUUCUCUGAAAUUGAGAAUCAAAGCAAACAUCGCGAAUUUCAUUUGGGUGUGUCCUAUUUGGAAAUAUAUAAUGAGAAUGUGCAAGAUUUAUUACACAAUUCGGGACAAUUGCACCUAAGAGAAGAUGGCAGAUGUGGAGUCAUAGUCGCUGGAUUAGAACCAAUUGCUAUUCAAAACGCUGAUGAAUUGCUGUCGUUGUUGGCAGAAGGUAAUAAGAAUCGCACCCAGCAUCCAACAGAUGCAAACAAAGAAAGUAGUAGAAGCCACGCAGUUUUUCAAGUAUAUAUCAAGAUAAUUAACAAGCUAGAUAGUCAGGUGCAGCGAGUCAAGCUGUCCAUGAUCGAUUUAGCAGGAUCCGAAAGAGCUUCAGCUACUGGUUGCAAAGGUGUGAGAUUUAAAGAAGGCGCUAACAUUAAUAAAUCAUUAUUAGCCCUUGGUAAUUGCAUAAAUAAUUUAGCGGAUGGUAUAAAACAUAUUCCAUACAGAGAUUCUAAACUUACAAGGCUAUUAAAAGAUUCACUUGGUGGUAAUUGUCACACUGUUAUGAUAGCUAACAUAGCUCCUUCCAGUCUUACUUAUGAAGAUACAUAUAAUACUUUAAGAUAUGCAAAUCGAGCGAAGAAAAUCAAAUCGAAUGCCAAGAAAAAUGUGUCUUGCGAGAUGCAUGUUGCUGGCUAUAUCAAAAUAGUGGAGGAACAAAAGAAAGAAAUAGAUAUUUUGAAGUCGAGAUUGGCAGCUUUCGAAAAUGGAACGUUACAACCAAUUGAGAAUAAACCAAAUAUCGUCAUGUUAGAGACGCACAACAAGCUGAUAAAAUUAUAUGAAAAGAAGAAGGAGUUGAUAGAAAAAAUGUUAACUUUGGAAAGCUCAGAUAAGAUUUUGGCAUGUAGAAUACUUUAUAAGAAGGACGCGGAUGAAAGAUUGCAUAAUCUAACGGCAGCCAACAAUGCCUUGUCACUGGAGGAGCAAAAUGCUAGCGGAAAGUCACGUAUUAACAAAUCCGUACUUUAUUUCCAACGGCAGAGGGAUUCUCUUAAAGUGCAAAUGCAAGAGACUUGGCAGGAAUUAUGUUCGAUCGAGACAGAGAUAAAAGAGAUGAAAACUAAACCUCUCGAUGAAAAUUUGCAGAAUAAACUGUCUCUUCAGGUUUCUAAGAUUGAAAAAUGCUGGAUUCCUAGUAUGCAACAGCAUAUGAAAAAACUUAGCAAUCUCCUGCAAUGCGAAAGACAAUCGAUUAAUGUUAUCACGAAAAGUAUGAGUAAUACAUUGCAGAAUUACUAUAACAUGGUAAAAGGCUACGGAACAAUGACCGAUAAAAUGCAGAUGGAAUUUAAAGAGUUAAUAAAGUUACUCGAAGGUUUUCGAAAUAUCAAAUGGUCCGAUUCGGAUGAGGUAAGCAAGAUGGACAAUUUCAACAUGUUUACGUGUUUGAGUACGGUUGGAAUGGAUCCGUUAAACAAUUCAAUGCCAGCAAUUGCUACAGCGAUACCAGAGGUGGAUGAUGAGGAACAUGAUAUCUGCAAUAUGAAUAUCUUGAAUUCUACCUUCAAUGCUACAUUUAAUGUAGGUGAAAAUAAUUGUACCGACACCAAUAUUUCCAUCUCAGGCGAUGAGAAUAAUGGUCAUGACAAUAAAUUCGUGCUGAAGAACGAAUCUGUACAAGGAACUCCACGUGAAAAAAUUGCAAAGAAUAUAAUCAGGAAACGCGCACUAUGUGACAAAAAUAAUGAAAGUAACAGCACACCUUCCAAGCAGACGAAAAAACUAAUGAAUAAUAAAACUAAUGUCCAGAGUACUACUCGAGUAGAUAAGGAGAACAAACAGAGGCCUAUUCAAAUGAGUGCAAAGAGUAUCGCCAUUCUAAAUAGACUAAAGAGUGAUACUAAUCUCUCAUCUCUUUCAUCUCGAAAUAACAAUACUGAGGAAAAAACAGUUGUAACGCUUAAAGCGGUACGUAAUAAAGAGAGACGUGGUCUUAUGACGACUCAUCCGUAUCACAAAACAACUAUUGGAAAGAAAUCCGCUCCAGCUCCACCAUCCAGUAGAGUCCCGUGGUGAUGUUAGACAAAAAUUUUGUACCUGCAUUUUCUAGAUGUAACAUUGAAGACAUGAUGGAUUUUCAAACAUUGCGUUAAGUACUAAGACAAAAGUUUCAACAAGAUUUUUUAAAUAAAUAUUAUUGACAUACGCGCUUAAACUCAAAUAUUCUAAUGAAAUGACUCCUUUUUAUCAUUAUCUAUAUAUGUUUUUUUUUAGCUUAAUGCAAGUAAAAAAAUAUAAACAUGUAAUUAUGCAAGCAAUAUUUCUCUGUAUUUCUGUAUAUUUAGAAAGUUUAAAUGACAAAUUUUGUAAUUGAAACUGUAUCUUGUAUAUGAUAUGAUCUGUUUGAAUGAUUCUCUUACUUAAGACUGAUAAAGCGAUAAAGGUAGAAAGUCACACAAUAAUCUUUAUUUAGUCUUAUUUGUGGAAACUGCAUAUAAUUCAUGCAAAACUUACUAUAAGUUGCCAAAGAAGAAGAAUGGAGUAAGAGAGAAUACAUUAUUUUAAAAUGCUAUCAAACUUACGUUCAGAGAUUUACAUCACAUAAGUAAAAAUUAAUACAAAAAUUAAAUUAGAUUUUAUAUGUAUUGACAAUAAGAUUCUACUGUGUGGAGAAUAUCGACUAAUUGUAUGUAUCGUUAAGAAGAGAAUAAAUUAUUCACGGAAA